AUGCAGACGCGACUCCUGGAGUUACCACUCCUGGACGACGCCGUGAAGGCAGCGCUCGCGAUGAAAGCUGUCGCCAAUGACGCCGGCGAAAUUGCACUUCUCAAGCGAGGCGGCAGUGUCGGGAUCUGCGGGGAUUUCAAGGUUAGCAUCAACCCCGUUGCUACCAUCGAGAAGUACCGCUGCCCCGGAUUGAAGAUCUUUGGUCAGCGUUGUCCAGUGAACAGAAGUUCACGAAGCUCAACCUCAGAGCAGCUGGUGCUUCAGGAUACCUCCCCGUAUGUCACAAUAUCGUCAAUUUUGGGCCUCUUCAAAUACACGCGCUUACCGUUUGGCGUGGCCUCAGCCCCGGCCAUUUUUCACAGGGAGAUGGACAACCUCUUCAGGGGCAUGUGGCACGUGGUGGUGUACUUGGACGACAUCCAGGUUAUUGGCAGCGACGACGGAGACCACCUGAUGAACCUGCAAAACAUCCUGGCAUGA